CGAUAGCUCUCUUUUUUAUUUAAGCUCCCAGUGGAGUUGGGGUAUGGAGAUAGAGAGAGAGAUAUUACUGAGUAGCUUGGACUGUGGUGAUAUUGUUUUCUAUCAAAAGAGGCUGGAAGAACUACCAACAUCAAACGGGGGAUUGGCUUUGGCUAUAUGUCACAACCAAUUUCUCGAAGGAUGGAUAUUGCACCUAUCAAAACGCCUGCAGCAUAACCAUGGAUAACCUUCGGAUGACUAACAGUGAUCGGUGCGCGGAUGGCAAAGAAAGAAUAAUAGAGGGUUUCGUAGAUAUUGAUUGAUAUUGAAUUGAAGUGGGCUAUCUUUCACUCGAUAUCUCACAGACAAGAUCCCCAAGACCUCACUUUGACUCUGAUGAGUAUAGUAUUUGCUCCCUUAAAUGGCGAUACUCACUUGGAUAUCCUUUUGAGCGGCAGUCGACCGUGAUCAAUCAUAUCGACUCCGUUCUUUCAAGCAACAACAACUCAACUUGCGAUGGAGCAGAUAAUUUCGCUGAUGUCAUCUUUUCCCACCAUACCCGUCUUGGCACGCCAAGCAUAUGUCACGUGAAAUCCACGUGGUGAGAUGACUAAACCUCCGAGAUCCCCCGAUGACCCGGAUAACACGGAAGCUGAUUGGCCAAUCAGCGCUGCUGACCAAUCACAGAUCGGGGAAAAGCGAUUGGGGAUCCUGUUUGCGGUUUAGUGCGUCAUCGCCAAGCCUGCGACCAGUUUGCGCCUCAAAAUUGGUGGAACUUGUCGAAUCUUGCACCCAAAAGGGACGGGGCGGGAAAAAAAAAAAAUCUAUCUUCAACUCCCGGGUUUCCGUACUUCUUUUUUCCUCUCUGUCUCUCUCUCUUUUUUUUCUCUCUCCUUAUACCAACAACCAUAUCACCCCCAAUUGAUCAGGACUCCCUCCCUCUCUCUCUCUCUCUCUCUCUCUCUCUCUCUGUACAUUAUCUCCUUUCGUGUAUUAUUAGCAUAGACCCUGUUCUUUUCACCACAUUCACAAUGAGCUUCUCUCCAGGUGACGCCGCUAAGGGUGCUGGUCUCUUCAAGACUCGCUGCGCUCAAUGCCACACCCUCGAAGAAGGUGGUGCCAACAAGAUCGGUCCCAACUUGCACGGACUUUUUGGCCGCAAGAGUGGCCAGGUUGAGGGAUACGCCUACACCGAUGCCAACAAACAGAAAGGCGUUGUAUGGGAUGAGAACACUCUGUUCGCCUACCUCGAAAACCCCAAGAAGUAUAUUCCCGGUACCAAGAUGGCCUUUGGUGGUCUCAAGAAGGCCAAGGACCGCAACGACCUGAUCACCUACAUGAAAAACGAGACCAAAUAAAGAAAUCCAUAGCUCUCGCCCUCGAUUAAUGCCCCUCCCUCUACCUCUUCUCCUCCGCCCUAUCCUUACCUAAAAGAAUACCUUUUCCCUGACGACCUCCCAAAAACACACCCAUUUGUACAUUUUAUAGAGACCUUUUUUCCUCAAUACAGUUAGCGUUUUCCCCGCCAACUCAUGAAAAACACCCACCCCUCUCCAUCUCAUAAACUAGUGCAGCCCAGCCUUGUCCAGUCCAGCCCUUUGAAGCUCAGCUCAAAAGAGAAGUAAAAAAUACCCCUCUGUGUUUUUCAUGAGACGCAGUUUGAUUUUCUAAGUGAAAAUUGUGGGAGAUUUUGUGGAGGGCCUCUGAAAUUUUUUUGUCCCUCUCUCAAGAGGUGACUGGCUGGCUGACUUGGCUGGCUGACUUUCCUUUACUUCAAAAAGACUUGUAAUAAUACAACAACUGUUUCUCUCUCUCUUUUUUUUUUUUUUUUUUUUUUUUUUUUUUUUUUUUUUUUUUUCUGCUGUUAUUUUUCUUCUUAAGGACUGCAUAGAUUUGUUCUUGCAUGUUGGCCCCUUUGGACCUGAUAAGAUGCUCGUUAAGGCACUUGACUGAACGGAAUAUCUCCUAUCCUUGUUAUAAAUCUUAUUAUUAGUCGUCUUAGACAAAUGUUUUAUGCGGAUAGUUUCAUUCUCCAGUAUCUCUCUUCUCCUGACUGGUCAUAUUAUAUGUGUCUGCGUCGGUGGUGGUGGUGCUUGCUUUUCUCUUAGGGUGUGGGUUGAGCCAAAUACUCCAUCUACGGGUCUUAUACACAUACAUACAGACUGAUUUUGAUUUUACCAUUAAGAAAGGAUAUAGUUAUAAUUGGGGGAAAUUUUGCUGCGUUUCUUCUACAUGACGCUCCAAAUCUUCCCGUCUCUCUUCUUUCCGAACCUUCUUUCCUCCUUCUCCCGUCUCCCUCCUUGACCCGCUAUGAUUCCUAACUUGACUCGACCGACUCGUUUGAUUCCGACGCUACGACGCUAGGCUUCACCGAAUAUGCUGUGAGUUGUGAGUGCCUGUGGAUAUGCAUAUUUAUUACACCGCACAUGUGAGUAUUGUGAUAAAAGAUUGAUAGUUAAAUGAAUCGAUGAUGUCAUAUGGCAUUGAGUGGCAUCGCGCGAGCAGUAAGUAUGCUAUGCGCGAUCAUUCAUACGCUCACGUUUACGGCGCACGAUUGCGCCGGUUAUACAUCUUUCUUCCUUUGUGUGUGUGGGGGGGAUACGGCCAUUCUUUGUCAUGUUAUGCUACAAGUAUGUUAUGCUAUACUACGCCGUGCUGCUGAAAGGAAGAAAGGGGGGACGUUGCUCGUGCCCUCCCUGUGUUUACCUCUGCGAAGCCCAUGGUUUUGAUCCAGAGGUCUGUAAUUGAUUGAGGAAAUUGGGCGGUUUGAUAUCAGAUCGCAAUGUAUGUAUGCCAAAUGGACACAGAAGUUGUGGGAGUUUCGUAUAGCCGAUACGGCGAAAAGCUUCAUGCAUGGAGAAUAUUGUGCACAAGUAGAAGCGCGAAUUUCGCUGCGGCAGGAUCCGAUUGCUUUGUCCUAUGCAAGUUCUUACCUUGCUUGCUAAGGGGUUUUCGAAUUAGAGUACGAGUUAUCAAGAUCUGGAAAUGAUCGAAAAAGUCAUAGAUGGAUAAGGCAUCCGUCUUUCCCUUUGUCGAUUACCUCCCGGAAUGGGGAGGUAGCGAUGCCGGUACAAGAGACGGCGGAAAGGGAUUUCAUCGACUGCACAGCCGUCUUCCCAGGGAGGACUGUUUGCCAUUGGAAGCAAAACGUGGAAGCACUGAUCUGGUCCCUGUCAUACUUUAAUGUAAGUGAUUGCGCUGUGUACGUACUCUCAUGACUUCCACAAAGCAGGAAGCUUGCCUGGACAUUCAAGAAUAGGACAAUAUCCAGAGUCGGACAUGCAACCCAAUUUUGAUAUUGAGUUGGAAUAGAGGGCUUGCUACAUGCCACCUAAAACGAGUCGCGGGCUUGAAGUUGGUUCUGGGAAGAAUACCAUGAGAUAUAUGCAGUUUCACGAACCGCAAAGGGAAACUCGACUAGAUCUCGAUGUCUAUCCACUAUAGAUUUGAUGCAGCACAAGAUCUACAGCCCAGAUACCACAAAAUAGAGAGGGCGGUUGCAAAAGCCGAUGAACUAGUUGGAUUUGAUUGAGAUAUCGGGGGCAAGAUGGAACGUUUUAUUACAGCAUUGGCCAUGCGCCGCGAUUCCAUGGCCUUUACAUUUCGAACGUCACGCGUCCCGAAAGCGAGUUGCUUGGCUACAGGCGGACUUUUAUUGACACAUAAAUAUAUGUAUAUAUAUAUAUAUGUAU